GCAAGAGCCCUUCUGCAAGAGGGAUACCGAGAGCAAGCUUUUCCACCGGCUGGACGGCCGCGCCGUUGACGUGCCCUUCAUGCAGAGUUGGGAGCCCCAGUUCAUCGCAGUGCACGAAGGGUUCAAGGUGCUCACACUCCGGUACCAGGCGCAAGAUAAUCUAACUCCGUCUGGGCGUCCCGCUCCCUCUGAUGGUAACAUGUGUGCAUGGUUUUCUAUGUGCAUCUUCCUUCCGGAUGCCCUCGACGGUUUGCCGGGCCUGGUUGACAUGAUAGCAUCCCAGCCUGCUGACUUCUUGGAAAAGCACCUGCCGGAGGAGAAGAUCGAUGUUAGGGAGUUCCGGGUGCCCAAGUUCAAGCUCUCCUUCCAUGGCAGCGUCGUCGCCAUCCUCAAGAAGUUGGGGCUUCAGUCGGCGUUCAGUGAUCAAGCCGAUUUGUCUGACAUGGUGGAGGACGAUGAAUCUGGUUUGCCAUUGGUCUUGAACGACGUAAUCCACAAGGCGGUCAUGGAGGUAAACGAGGAAGGCACCGUAGCCGCGGCUGUGUCCAUAGAUGAGAUGUUAUUCGGUGGUUGUAAUUUCAUGCGGCCGCCACCUCCUCGAGUAGAUUUUGUAGCCGACCAUCCGUUUGCGUACUUAAUAAUGGAGGAGACAACCGGCGCAGUUGUCUUUGCGGGGCAUGUCCUUGACCCCUCCAUCGGGAGCUAG